AUGAGGGUUUGGGGGCCCCCAGUGAGACUUGGGGGGCCCCCCAUUUGCUUCGGGGGCCCCCCUGUAUCCUGGGGCCCUGCUGCUUCUGCCAAUCGUCGAGCAGCAGCAGCAGCAGCAGCAAGAGCAGCAACAACGGCGGCAGCGUUUCUCUCACGGUUCCCGCCCACCCACCUGAAGCAGCAGCAGCAGCAACAGCAGCAGCAGCAGCAGCAGCUGCUGCUGCUGCAUGCUGCUUGCAGCACCUGCAGCAGACGCAGAAGGCCUAAAAGACACAUGGAGGGGCCCCUGCAAGCUGUGGGGGCCCCCUGCAGCAGGGGGGCCCCCGAAGAGACCCUUUUGGGUUUAAGCAUUCUUGGGGGCCCCCGGGGGGCCCCUAGGGCCCCCAGGGCCCUCCGGGGGGCCCUCGGGGGCCCCCGAGGAGGCCAGGGGGCCCCCUUUGGGGGCCCCCUGUCCCCCCGCUUUUGCAGCUGCUUCACCUCUCCUGCCAGCUCCAAAAGCGCUGCUGCUGCUGCUGCUGCUGCUGCUCCUGCUGCUGCAAGGAUGCAGACAGGGGGCCCCCCUGCCCCCUCUCUUGCUGCCCAACCCACAAAAGGGUCUCCAGAAAUUCCCACAGGGGGCCCCUCCCCAGGGGCCCCCUCCAGAGGGGCCCCUACUAGAGGGACCCCCUCCACAGGGGCCCCCACUACGGGGACCCCCACGGGGGGCUCCCCCAAAAGGGCCCGCAAGGGGGCCCCCACAGGGGCCCCCAAAGAAACCCCCGAAGAAGUCCUCAAAGGGGCCCCCAAAAAGGCUUCCAAAAGGGCCCCCAGGGUGGCCCCCAAGGGGGCCCCCAAAGGGGCCCCCACCACAAGUCUCCCUGUUGUGGAAGCCCCCACGGGGGCCCCCACUACAGGGGCCCCCACCUCGGGGGGCCCCUCCCCGGGGCCCCCGCCUCUGGGGGCCCCCACCCUGGGGGCCCCCACCCAGGGGGCCCCCACUUCAGGGGGCCCCAACCAGGAGGCCCCCACCGAGGGGGCCCCUUACCCCGGGGGCACCCCGUCUGCCCUGGGGUCCCCCAGCAGGGGCGCCAGGGGGGCCCCCGCGUUGGGUCGUUUUUUAGUGGUGGAUGGGAGUUGUGUGAUGUUUAGAUGUUUUCAUGGAAUGCCUCAUUUGAAAAGUCGAGAAGGAGAAGAUGUGGGGGCCCUGUGGGGUUUUGUGAGGGCUUUGGCUCAG